CGGCCCCGCGCGCUCACCGGCUCUCGCUCGCCCGCAGGUGCCAUGCGCGCCCGGGGCGGCCCCGGGGCGCCGUGAGCGCGGGAUGCGGCGCCUGCUGGGCGCCGGCCGGGCCCGGAGGGUCGCCUGCCUGCUGGCCGCCGCCUACGCGCUGCGGACCCUGCAGCCCGCGCUGCGCCGGCGCCUGCAGCCCGGCCGGGCCGCCGGGGGCGCGGGGAGCCCGGGGGGCGCGCGGCAGCCCGUGCCGGGCCCGGACGCGAGCUUCCUGCGGCAGCUGCUGCAACUUCGGAGGAUCCUCUUCCCGCGCCUGCUGACCACGGAGACGGGCUGGCUGUGCCUGCACUCGCUGGCCCUGGUCUCCAGGACCUUCCUGUCCAUCUACGUGGCCAGCCUGGACGGCAAGAUCGUGAAGAGCAUCGUGGAGAAGCGGCCCCGCGCCUUCGUCCUCAAGCUGGUCAAGUGGCUGCUGAUCGCCAUCCCCGCCACCUUCGUCAACAGCGCCAUCCGCUACCUGGAGUGCAAGCUGGCCCUGGCCUUCCGGACCCGCCUGGUGGCCCACGCCUACCAGACCUACUUCGCCGACCAGACCUACUACAAGGUGAUGAACAUGGACACGCGGCUGGCCAACCCCGACCAGUCCCUCACCGAGGACAUCCUCAUGUUCUCGCAGUCGGUGGCCCACCUCUACUCCAACCUGACCAAGCCCAUCCUGGACGUCAUCCUGACCUCCUACACACUCAUCCGGACAGCCACGUCCCGGGGGGCCAGCCCCGUCGGGCCCACGCUGCUCGCCGGCCUGGUGGUCUACGCCACGGCCAAGGUGCUCCGGGCCUGCUCUCCGCGGUUCGGGACGUUGGUGGCCGAGGAGGCGCACCGCAAAGGCUACCUGCGCUACGUGCACUCGCGGAUCAUCGCCAACGUAGAGGAGAUUGCCUUCUACCGCGGACACAAGGUGGAAAUGAAGCAACUCCAAAAAAGUUACAAAGCUUUAGCAGAUCAGAUGAACCUCAUUUUGUACAAGCGUUUGUGGUACAUCAUGAUAGAGCAGUUCUUGAUGAAGUACGUCUGGAGCAGCAGUGGCCUGAUCAUGGUGGCUGUGCCCAUUAUCACCGCGACUGGCUUUGCAGAUGGGGACUCAGAGGAUGGCCCCAAACAAGGUAAGGUCAGCGAGCGAACAGAAGCCUUCACCACUGCGCGCAACUUGCUGGCCUCAGGAGCGGACGCGAUUGAAAGAAUCAUGUCUUCAUACAAAGAGAUCACGGAACUAGCAGGCUACACUGCCCGAGUGUACAAUAUGUUUUGGGUCUUUGAUGAGGUAAAAAGAGGCAUUUAUAAGAGAACUCUCACACAAGAAUCCAAAAACCAGAACAAGAAUGGCGCUAACACAGAACUUCUCAGUGAUGCUCUAGCAAUCAAAGGAAAAGUCAUUGAUGUGGAUCACGGGAUUAUUUGUGAGAAUGUCCCCAUCAUCACACCGACAGGCGAGAUUGUGGCUUCCAGGCUGAACUUCAAGGUAGAAGAAGGGAUGCACCUUUUGAUAACUGGACCAAAUGGCUGUGGGAAGAGCUCUCUCUUCCGAAUUUUGAGUGGACUCUGGCCGGUAUAUGAAGGAGUCCUCUACAAACCACCUCCUCAGCACAUGUUCUAUAUUCCUCAAAGGCCCUACAUGUCUCUGGGGAGUCUCCGGGACCAGGUCAUCUACCCCGACUCUCAGGAUGACAUGCGGGAAAAGGGCUUCACAGACCAGGACCUGGAGAGCAUCCUGCGGCGCGUGCACCUGUUCCACAUAGUGCAGCGAGAAGGAGGGUGGGAUGCUGUUAUGGACUGGAAAGACGUCUUGUCUGGAGGAGAAAAGCAAAGGAUGGGGAUGGCGCGCAUGUUCUAUCACAGACCCAAGUACGCGCUGCUGGACGAGUGCACCAGCGCAGUGAGCAUCGACGUGGAAGGCACCAUCUUCCAGGCCGCCAAGGCCGCCGGCAUCUCCCUGCUGUCCAUCACUCACCGGCCGUCACUCUGGAAGUACCACACUCACCUUCUGCAGUUUGAUGGUGAAGGAGGUUGGCGCUUUGAACAGCUGGAUGCUGCCAUCCGCUUAACCCUGAGUGAAGAAAAACAAAAGCUGGAAUCUCAGCUCGCGGGAAUUCCAAAAAUGCAGCAGAGACUGAAUGAACUGUGCAAAAUUCUGGGAGAAGACUCGGUGCUGAAAACAGAGAGGCACGACGAGGAGGGCCCCUAGGGUGUCCAGCAUGCUUGGGACAUUCCUUUCAGGUAGCAUGACGCCUGGCAUGCGUGGAAGGUAGUGAGCUCUCCUGAGAGGACGGCGCGGGCGGCCUCUGCAGACACUCCGCAGUGCAGGCCACGAGCCACCCCACCGGCCUUGCUUUAUCAUGGGAACUGUUUUCCGGGGCAGUUCCUGGGUUUUUGUGUCAAAUGUUGGCCCACUACGAAAGGUACCAAUGAACGUGUUAGUUUUCACCGA